AUGGAACAAAUAAUAAUCGAAACUCAAGAUAAUGAUGAUUUUGCUUCAUUUUUAGGUUCUAAAUAUAAAUAUAGUUUAGAAACAUUUAUGAAAUUUAAUGCUGUGCAAAAAGGAAAUAUAUUUCAAUUUUUUGUAUAUGAUCUUUUGAUUAAUAAUGGUAUUUUAUGUUGGAUUCAUUCAACAUCUAUUUCUUGUGGAAAUAAAAAUUGGGAAGAAGUAUCUGAUGGAAAUAUUGAUUUGAUGGUGUGUCACGCUGUUGAGAGUGAUCCUGUUUUGGUUCACGGUCGUUAUUUGACUCUUCAUUAUAUGGCUCAAUUAAAAUGGAAAAAAGAUGGAUCGUAUUUAGAUGUAAAAGAGAUACGUGAAUUUAUAAGUACUGUUCGUUCAAGACCUAAACAUGAACUUUGUCUUUUGAUCACUACUGCAACUUUAUCAAAACAUGCAGAAAAUGAGAUUGUAAAUUUUGAUGAAAAAGAUCGUGUUAUUAUUUGUGAAGAAAAGAAAAAGAGAAGAGGCUGA